AUGAAGGAAAAGAGUCCGGGCCUCUUUGAUGGACUUGGCACUAUCCACACUUCUCCAGCACCAUCCACAUUUCACCAAGACCGUCAAUACUUCUUCAAGAUCAUGAACAUUUUCUUUGAUCAUCCAGACUCCCCCAUGGUCACCAACACACCUCCAGGACUCCUAGCCUUCUUCUCAGGACUCCCAGCCUUCUUCUCAGGACUCCCAGCCUUCUUCUCAGGACUCCCAGCUUUCUUCUCAGGACCCCGGACAAUCCCCCAGGACUCCAGACACUUCUCAGGCGGUCCAUUACAGUAUAUUCCGCCUUUUGCCUCCUACCCAACACCUGCAGGAAGGACACCCAGCUCAGAGGACCUCACGGCUCCCAAGCAAGACAAACACCAGGCUCUGAGUGGCAAACACCAGGUUCUGAGUGGCAAACACCAGGCUCUGAGUGGCAAACACGAGGGCUUGCAUGACGUGUUUGUCCAGCAGACUCAAUCCCACGGGGGCCGAGGCAUUCUCUUGUUAAUUUCCAUCCCUCUAAAUUUCAAGUUUACUCACAAGAUAUUUUUCUCCAUUCUACAGGAUUCCUCCGCCUCUCACGCCUUGAAGACCUUGAUCAGCGUCUCAACAGUCAUUCUUCUGGGGCUUAUAUGUGCCUACCACGCCCUUGAGGUUCAGUUAUUCAUGAUCGACAACUGUGCAGAUGACUGGCGCAUCGCGAUGACCUGGCAGCGCAUCGCUAGGAUAGCCAUGGAGCUGAUCAUCUGUGCAGUUCACCCGAUCCCUGGAGAGUAUUAUUUCUUCUGGACCACCAAGCUCUCCAACCACGGCGGCCUGGAGGACUCGGAGUGGGUGCCCAUAGACAUCACCCUCUCCCUCCCUAUGUUCCUGCGGCUUUACCUCAUAUGCAGGGUCAUGUUACUACAUUCUAAGCUGUUUACGGAUGCGUCGUCGCGGAGUAUUGGGGCGCUCAACAGGAUCAACUUCAACACGCGGUUUGUUCUCAAGACUCUGAUGACGAUCUGCCCAGGCACGGUGCUACUCGUCUUCAUGGUCUCUCUGUGGAUCAUUGCCUCGUGGACACUACGCCAGUGUGAGAGGUAUCACGAUGAAGAACAUGCUAAUCUGCUUAACGCUAUGUGGCUCAUCGCUGUCACUAUAUUAUGUGUUGGGUACGGGGAUAUUGUUCCUAACACGUACUGUGGGAGGACCAUCGCUGUGGCUUGUGGAAUCAUGGUAAGUGGCCACUCUACCCUUGCCUCUUACCUGUCACUGCUCUCUCGCUCUCCCAACAGGUACCAUGACGCAGAACAUGCCAAUUUGUUGAACACCAUGUGGCUUAUAGCGAUCACAUUCUUGUCCGUGGGGUAUGGUGAUAUUGUCCCAAAUACUUACUGUGGGAGGGGUAUAGCGGUGACAACAGGCAUCAUGGGGGCCGGAUGCACUGCCUUAUUGGUCGCUGUGGUCUCACGUAAAAUGGAACUUAGCCGUGCCGAGAAACAUGUUCACAAUUUCAUGAUGGACACACAGUUAACGAAGAGGUUAAAAAACUCAGCCGCCAAUGUGCUGAGAGAGACGUGGCUCAUCUACAAGCACACCAAGCUAGUGAAGAAGGUGAACCACGGUAGAGUCCGCACUCACCAGCGCAAGUUCCUCCUCGCUAUUUACGCGCUGAGGAAGGUGAAGAUGGACCAGAGGAAGCUGAUGGACAAUGCAAACACCAUCACUGACAUGGCCAAGACUCAGAACACCGUGUAUGAGCUCGUGUCGGAUAUGAGCGGGCGUCAGGAUGUGUUGGACGAUAGGGUCAGCUCGCUGGAGGACCGCCUUACCUCCAUCCAGGAGUCCUUGGAUGCCAUCCCAGACGUCUUGGCACGGUGUCUGCAAAAGCACCAGGAGCUCCUGGACCAGCGGCGCCUCACCGGCCCAUCCUCCAACUCCCUCCAUCCUGACAUGGCGGCACGACCCGGUGGAUACCCGGUCCUCUCAGCGAGUCAGUCUCCGAGAAGUUCGAGUGUCUGGCAACAACAACAACAACAACAGCAACAACAGCCUCUGCCACAAGCCAGUGCGCCGCCGCUGUUCCCACGGACGGGUCUAAGUCCAACGUUGCCAGCGCUUACGGCGCCAGCGACUGCUGUAAAUAGCAUGUCAGGGGAGCGAUCGCCCCCCGCGCCAGGGUCGCUGAGCGCACAGUCGCUGCCCAAAUCGGAGGCGUGAAGUCAAGCCGUCCAACUGCGGGCAACAGCAGAAGUGAGAGUAGCAACCGAAGUUGUUUGUAGGCUACUGCUGAUGUCCGCAUCCUACUCGCUUCAAUACUCGCCACUACACCAUCAUCACCUCUACCAAAACCUUUCCACUCCUAUGGUCCACCACAUAUAUCGCUUAUUAUGGGUCCUCAGUGGCUGCUAUGUGGCCUGCUCACCCGCCACCGCCUCCUCCCAUUCAUGUCUGCAACCUCUUCUCUCCUCCCAUCACUCACUGCAUCAUGUGAUAUUAGACAAGACAAAUCAUGGUGGCAGGACAGCUGAAGAGUUCUGUUCACCCUCUACAGUUCAUGACACUUUUCUCCAGUGGCUCACUGAACUCCUAGCAAAGGUCGACGCCUAUUGUCGGGGGACUACUGUUCUUACAGGAUAACUGAACUCGUUAUAGAGUGAAGACUUUUCCUACCUAUACUCUCGCUGUAUCCGUCUGUACGUUGCUAGGAUGUUGCAACACUUCGAGAAUGACAAACAUCACUGCUGAGGGUAACAUUGCUCUUGGGCCAAAAUUAACACACCCUAACAGCUUUAAUUCCAUUAAUAUGGUUGUAACAGGAUUUUUAACGGAGGUCGGCGAUGCUUGUGAGGGUGUCAGCGGUCCCUGGUGGAUGUUAACACCCUCAGGAGAAAGUCGAUUGUUGUAAAGGAAAUAUAACAUUCCUUCAUGAAGGUUUAGACUCACAAAUGGACAGCAUCUCUCCCUCAUUUGUAGAAGACAUGCUCUAGAUGGAGACUAACGUCCCUGGUGGACGUAACAGCUUCGUGGGAUGUGUCUCAUAGUCCUUGAUGAGUCGUCUUUUGCUGGAAGAACACACCUGACGACAUAGAAGUCUUGGAGCAGAUAAGAUCACUUAUAGGGAAGAUGAUCCCAGCGCAUAAUGUUUUGUGUAAGACAACUUGAGCAUAAUAACUCUUUUAGAGUGAUGAGCAUAUUCAGUACCACAAUUCUUUCUCACAAGGUGCAUGUCUACAACACUUCUGGGUUAAUGUUCACGAUGCUUCACGGUGUAACUCCUCGACGUUCAUGAGUGUUUGUCUAUGAUACUCCCUGUAGUUUGUCUUCGCCAUCCCAUGAUGUACGUCCAAGACACUGUUAGGUGUAUGUAGACUCUACCCCAGGAAUAUAUAAAUUUUACACCCUGGUGUAUGUGUUUGACACAUCUGGGUACAUACUUAUAUGCGACACUUGACUGUUCAUCCUAGACACUUCCAGGAAUGUCGGGGAGAUACUCUCUGAAGAUAUAAAUGCCUACAUGAUAGCUAAUGCUCAUAGACUUAAAUAAGGAUGGCUUAUCCAUCAAGCGGAAUUUGACAGAUCACUACCUACAAGAUGUGAUGCAUAGUGAUGGUUCUAAAUAUGAAGAAGAACACUCUUUGGUGGAUGCUGAUGAUUUCUUGGGUUAAAAAAAAUGCGCCAGAGAGAAUGAAAUAUAAUUUAAAAAUGCAAGGGAUAAUCCUCAGACGUGUGCGUCAUCUCGUGAAUGAAACAAUAUGGACUAACCAGAGUGGAGAGAAUGCCUCCUGAUAAUAGACAGCACCUUCUGGGGGAGGAAGGACAGGACAGCCCCCUGGCGAUGGACAUGCUCCCUGGCGGGGCUGCCCAAGCCAGUAACACUGCUACAUAUCAGGCCAGAACCUAUCACAGGCUCUGGUGCUUUAUCCAAGCCCCUCCCACCCUCCUCCACCCUAACUACCUUGAUCCUCCCCCCUCCCCCCACACAUACCCAGUGUCCAGGUGCUUCUAUGGCCUAUAUACUGCUCUCAUGAACGAUAAAUCAGUGAGUGAUUAAUAUUUUGACACAGAUUACGAUGGUUAUAGUAUCUCGAACAUUAAAAGUGUUUUAUAUAUAUAUAUAUA